UCCCACACUCUGAGCAGCUUCUACCCAGAGAAAAUUGUAUCUACUUUUCCUGUGUUCAGAUAGUUUAAACAAGAUCAACGACUGAAGCAGAAAGGAUUUUGGGUUGUGUUACCAUGGCAUCUCUGAAAACUGUGCUUUAUCUGGGAGUCUGUCUAUCUGUUUGGAUCAUUACUACUGCAGAUAAGAACUUUGUGCCGGCUGCAGAGGAAGUACACUGGGUAUCUCUGGACUUUAAAACCACCCUCAUCUGGACUACUAAGGCAUCAAAAUACACAUACACUGUCCGGUACUUUAGUGAUGAUCAUGACUGGAUGGACAAUCUUGACUGCAUCCGAGUGUCACAUUCAGAAUGUGAUCUGAGCAACUCCCUCCGUCCCUUCGACAGUGCUAGUGGAAUUGACUCACAUCCUUCAGCUGUAUUAAUAACAGGCAGUUGGUUUGUCUUCUUUGCAGCUAACAUCAGUGCUGUGAAAUUCACUGUGGAGGAUGUGGAUGAGAGCAGAGUCAUUGUCAACAUCACAGACCCUCUGACCAGUAUCCAUGAGCGUGGGAAGCAGCUCAGCAUCAGAGAUAUUCUCAAAAGUGACCUCAAGUAUAAGAUCAGCUAUUACAAGUCUGGAAGUACAGGCAAGAGAGACAUCAUGUCUGACUCCAGUACGGCAGUGGUGUCAGGGCUGGAUGCAGGACAGAGUUACUGCUUCAUGGUGGCAGCUUUCAUUCCCUCCAGACCCCAAACUACCCAGAAUGGAGCCUGGAGCACACAGCGGUGUACACAUGGACACAUCAUGCAAGAGUUGAGCCUUGGAGCAUGGGUUGGUGUAGUCUUCAUCCUGCUCAUAGUCCUCAU